AUGGCAGCCUAUGGAAGCUUUCAUCGAAUAUUCGAGAACCAAAGACAAGACAAGACUCCAAAGUCUCUUCUUGAUACUCUCUCCUCUUCGUCACCUUGGCACCCAAUCAAAGGGCUCCACGUCACCGACCACGACGAAACGCCACCGUUCACAGAGAUAUUCGGUGAGCUCCAUUUCAGGGAGAAAACCUCAGCCGAGAGCAGCAGCCUGCAGCUGUGUACGGAAGGUCUAGGGUCAGAGAGCUAUUACGACUUGGAAGACGGCAAAGUCAACGUUAACGUCAACUGUAACGGUAACGGACAAGGUGAUGUUGACGAUGAGAUCAAAGUGAAGGGUAAAGAUAACGGAAGUAGCGAUGAGGAGUUGGGACCACGGAGGAGAGAACGGAGAGAGUAUCCUCCGGCGAUGACGAGGAUGAGCUUCAAGACGUAUAGAGAAGAAGGUAGGCUUGUGUUGGAAGAAGUUAGGAUUCCGAGGAGAGAGUUUCUUCGAGCGAGCCGCGAAGAUGGUAGACUCAGGUUGAAGUUGGUUCAACCCGAGGACGAGGAAGACGACGAAGACGAGGAAGAGAACAAAAAUAAACUGAUCUGA